AUGGCCGAGGGAAACGACAAGACCUCGAACCCCAUGCGGGAACUCCGCAUCCAGAAACUCGUCCUCAACAUCUCCGUCGGCGAGUCUGGUGACAGGCUUACUCGUGCAGCCAAGGAACUGACAAGCGACCGCACACAAACAGGCAAGGCCAGAUACACCGUCCGUACUUUCGGUAUCCGACGUAACGAGAAGAUCGCUGUUCACGUCACCGUCCGUGGCCCCAAGGCUGAGGAGAUUCUCGAGCGUGGCCUCAAGGUCAAGGAAUACGAAUUGAGGAAGCGAAACUUCUCUGAGACCGGUAACUUCGGAUUCGGUAUCAACGAACACAUCGACUUGGGCAUCAAGUACGACCCUGGUAUCGGUAUCUACGGAAUGGACUUUUACUGCUGCAUGACUCGUCCUGGUGAGCGUAUCGCCAAGCGCCGACGAUGCCAGUCCAAAAUCGGUGCUCCUCAUCGCAUCAACCAGACCGAGACCAUCAAAUGGUUCAAGAGCAGAUUCGAGGGAAUUGUCCGAUAA